CAAAAGAAAUGUAGGGUAAAAUGUUUAUCAAGAUUACUUCAUACGGCUAUAGUCAUAGGUAUAUGCAUUCAUUCAGGAUAUAAACAUAAUAUUGAAUAGACAUAUAUGUCUACGAUUGGAUCAUUCAAGCUGGAAGGGUUGGUCCCCGCGGUGUUUACACCGAUGACCAAAGAUGGAGAUGUCGAUUACGACAAGUUUGAAAUGUAUUGUAACCAUCUAACAAGCAAAGGAAUGACCCAGAUAUAUGUAAAUGGAACAACCGGAGAAGGAUUUUCGUUAACUCUUGAAGAAAGGAAAAAGAUUGUAGAGAAGUGGAUUGAAGUCGGGAAAAAGAGCGGAAAAAUAAAGUCCAUCGUGGUACAAGUCGGAGCCUUGAAUCUUCAUGAUACAAAAGCUAUGGCUGAGCAUGCUGUGAAGGUCGGGGCGGACGCUAUAGCCACGGUACCGCCACUUUUCUUUAAGCCCAAAACAGUGGACUACCUUGUUAAAUAUUGUAAGGAAGUUGCGAGCGCUGCACCGAACCUUCCAUUCUACUUCUACCAUUUACCUGCUGCAACUGGUGUAGAACUUUGCAUUGAAGACUUCUUGAAAGUUGCUGCUAAAGAAAUACCUUCUCUUGUGGGUGCAAAAUUUUCUUCAACCGAUUUGGUAGACCUUAUUGGGUGCGUACAUGUGCCAGCACCAAAUAGAGAUGAUGGAAAGUUCAACAUGAUGUUUGGAUAUGACGAGAUAAUCAUGGCGGGUAUGACACUCGGAGCUGAUGGCGGUGUUGGCACUACGUUUAACUUCAUGGCGUCUGUCAUUAGAAAGGUAUUAGACAGCAAAGAUAAGGGUGACAUUUUUGAAGCACGCCUUUAUCAAUAUCGCACUCAGCAAACAUGUAAAGUAAUGAAUAAGUACG